AUGGCAGCGGACAAGAGCGUGCAUAGGGAGUGCACAUGUGCCACAGAUGCAGUGAUGUCGUCGCUGGUGUUGUCUGUGCUUCCGUUCUGUCUCGAGAACACUGCCUUCAUACACAUUCCCGUUCGGGUCGCGGCGUUGCAGUGCCCACAGGGAGAUGAGAGCGAUUUGAGCCGACAACUACUACGCUUGGCAUCGGACAGUCUGUGCGCUGAGCUGGAGGCAGCCUCGCAAAUACAAUCGCCCACGCCCACACCCACACAGCGAGAGAACAACGCCUCGAUAGAAAGUCUGACCUUCCGCCUGGUUGAAUGUACAAGCAGCAUGACAUCAGUACCAAAGCAAACACGUGCGAAUGAGCAACUGUGCACCGAUUGGCUGAAAGAGUUCAGGCGGACACUGUCUCUGGCUGACGCUCAAGGAAGUUCGGUACUAUCUGGCACUGGGUUUAGCGUGCGGCGAGAGGUGAUGGGGAUGACUGCGGAUAAGAAACUAGUUGCCGCUAUAGUACCUCCACUAAUACAGCACUGGUGCCCUAAGCCUGCGCCAGCACGCAAGCAGACACAUGCGCGUGUGAAGCCGAAUACGUACAACCAUGUAAAGGCACACUCGCCAAAUCGAGCUUGUAUCCAGGGAGAUAAGGAUAUGAGCGAAUGGCAGUGUAGGCUGACGGCGUCUCUAUUGGCGUCUAUCACACAGCGUAAUCCCAAGAGAUUGACCAUCCGACACCGCAGGUACUUUGAAUGUAGGCAUCCGGAUUUUAACUUGUUCGCGUAG